AUGGCGUCCAUCAUCGUGCAGGUAUCCGCCCUGCUCCUCAACCUCUUCGCCUUCGGCCUCGCCGUCGCCGCCGAGCAGCACCGCAGCAAGGCCACGGUGACGCCGGAUCUGGCCAAGGAGUACGACUACUGCGUCUACGACUCCGACGUCGCCACCGGCUACGGCGUCGGCGCGCUCCUCCUCCUCACCGCCGCGCAGGUCGUCGUCAUGCUCGCCAGCCGGUGCUUCUGCUGCGGACGCGGGCUCAAGCCGGGGGGCUCCCGUGCCUGCGCCCUCAUGCUCUUCCUCUUCUCAUGGUAAACUAUUUGCUACGCU